AUGGACAAGCCAACCCAGCGGCUGAAUCUUCUGUUUUCGAACAAUGAGUUCUUGCUCAAGAAAGACACUGGCUUGCACCUUCCUGUCCCAGAGCCAAAGCUCAACCUUCCCGGCAAUAUGACUGCCAACAGCCAGACUCUGGUCGAGGAGUCUAGCGCAAAUUUGAGUCGUGGCAAGAACAAAGAGCAUGGCGGGGAGCCUGACGAAUGUCUCGCUUUCGAAACAGGAAUUGCACCGCCGUCGAGUCUGGUUGCACAAGCCUUUUGCCCCGCUGCUGCCAUUGCGAAGCUGCCAUAUAAGUAUAUGCGCCGCGAAACGUCGGGAGCAAUUAGCAGCCGGUUUUUCGAAAAGGGGGCAUUCUGGGCGAGAGAUUGGGAACUCUACUAUAUUUUUCCUCCUCCGGAUCUAGCCUCGCGAGCCCUUCUCUUAUUACCAGCCUCGCAAGUCCAGCAAUUCCUAGAUCAGAUUAGCAAUGAUUGCAACGUUCGCUUGACUAUCCCUAUGGAUCCAGGAUUGGGCUUACUGCUUUCCUUCCAGGAGAAAGGGAUCCCCCAGCCGCAGUACCUUGGCAAUUCAUCAAAUAUGGAUACCAAAGAACAACUGUUGACCACGAUCCCAACGCCUGAAUACUCAAUCGACUGCAAGAAUCCGACUCGCUGUAAUAUUGAGGUAGCGGAUGGCACAGCACAGGCAUUUCGUGAGAAGAUGGAAGCCGGGCUGAAUGCAAUCAAGAACAAGUCCAAGGCUUCAAGAGAAAAGAAGCGGGCUGAAAAGAUUGAAAGACAACGCCAAUGGGUGCAUUCUCUCAAGAGAGCCCAAUGUUACCUUGGACUACAUCCUGUGUUCCCGCGUCUUGUUUCCGAUCGUACAAGAGAUAUCGACGAAACAACGAAUCCAGCCCCCUUGGAUGAUUUAUCAAUAGCUGGUCCUAUGAUAUCCAAACUUCGUCUGGAAUUGCCUGCUCCAUUCUCAUUCGUACAUGACCCUAUUUUUAUAUGUAUAGACAUGGAAUGGAAUGAGCGUCGCCACAAUGAGGUGACAGAAGUGGGGAUUUCCACCUUGGAUACUUUGGAUAUUGCUAAUGUGGCACCUGGAGCGGGUGGAAAGAACUGGAUCAGGUGGAUACGGUCUCGCCAUAUUCGUAUCAGGGAAUAUGCUCAUGUUGUGAAUCGUGAUUUUGUCUCCGGCUGCCCUGGUAGGUUUGAUUUUGGCCAAAGUGAGUUCGUUGCACUCAGGGACGCGCCCCGAGUGGUAGAAAGCUGCUUCCGUCCUCCUUAUUCCGCCCAGGUUCCCGUGAAGUUUGUAGAUCAGGGGCCGUUUGGAGAACCAAGAGUCAUAGUUGAAACGACAAUUCGGGAGUAUAAGCUUCGCAAUCGCAACAUAAUCCUUGUCGGUCAUGGCUUGCAAGGGGACAUGCACUAUCUUGGUAUUCUCGGCUGCAACAUAUUCUCUGACAACAUCUCUUCCCACCUGUUCCAGCAGUCUCCCCAAUAUUCAAGGAACAAUACACGAGGCCAACAUCAGAAACCGCAAUUCCUGGACAUGUUAGACACGGCAUCGAUGUUCCAGGUUCUCAAGCGUGAUAUAAACACUCGCUCUCUUGAAACUGUUCUUAAUGGUGUGGACAUUAUUGGAUGGAACCUUCAUAAUGCCGGCAAUGAUGCUCGGUUCACACUCGAAGCUAUGGUACGCAUUAUCAUUAAUGCUAGACUGGCCCUGGAUAACAUACCACAAGACCUUGCUGGGGACUACGCGGAUUGGGCCACGAGACCCAUCAGAGCAGAUAUCAACGGCGAGUUUGUUACGUCAUAUGAAACAGCCUGGAAAUCCGAAGUCGAGCGUCGUGUUGCCGAAGCGAAUGCCGAGCGAGAAAUGCAAGUUCGCGAUGAUUGUAAGAUAUGGGAACUUGUCACCGGCUGGAAUAGUGAGCAUCCGCUUACUGCAGAUGAUAUCGAUGGUGGAUGCCCGAAAGGGAUCGUCCCAAUGCGAGUCAAGAAACAGACCGCCCAGUAG